AUGACCACGGUUCUUGUUGAAUACGACGACGUGGAAUGGCACAGACGAGAAUGGUUAUCACCGCAUCGAGACACAGCCUUUACAUAUUUUCUCAUCGAAAAAGGAGUUUUUUGGGCAGAGCGUCCAGAUCCACGACAAAACGGUCUCACUGCCAUCGAUCAAUACAAUCACAACAACCAUACAAAUAAUAAUCACCGCAUUAACGGCAAAUCUAAAGGAUCAACAUCCGCAAAUACCGUUCCUUGGCCUGCUAUCGGAUUUUAUCCACUUGUAGCAAGAGAAGAUUUACACGAAGACAUGAUGCCUGUUGAGUUUAUAAAUGAUAAAAAAUUGGAAUUCGUCGAUUAUACAAAACUAAAACCAUUUACGCAGCAAGAUUGGGAGCUAACGAAAGGAAGUUUACCAUGGGCAAAUGCUAUAAGAAGAUGGGCAGAGAUGCAGGAUGGUCAAAGGAUUUUAUUAACCACACCUAGUGUUCUAGUUGGCUUCAGGGUCGAGGUUUAUCGCGCUGAAGGCACUACCCAAUGGUAUACAGCUGUCAUUGUCGGUUACAACGAAUCAACCAAGGAUUUAACAGUGACUGACGACACCGUGCUUGAAGAGCACAAUGAAGAUCCACGAUUAGUUCAAAUGCGUUUGAUUGGGGAUGGAGAGAGUAUCAUGAGGGGCGAGGUUGUCGGCAUGACGCCGAGGAGGUCGAGGUCGUCGACUGGCCUGAUGACGCACGCAAUUGUCGUCAAAAUUUGUUAA